GUAAAACCAUCGAAAGUUGAAACUCGACAUUGGUUAGAUCGAAGCAAAUAAAGGAAGAAAUAGAGAAACAAGCUGCUGAUGGCUCUGUUAAGGUUUCCUUUAAGACUGAACAAGGUACUUACUAGUCCAGCCAUUAGUACAAGUAUCAGAAGUGUAUCUUCUCUCAAGUAUGAUGGUAUUAAAGUUUCACUCACUGAUAACCCAAAAGUCAUUCCUCCUCACGAUAAGCUCAUAUUUGGACAAGUCUUUACUGAUCACAUGUUAACCAUUAAUUGGAGUCACGAUGACGGAUGGAACACACCUCAUAUAGUACCCUAUGAUCACCUGUCCAUCUCACCAGCUGCUGCUUGCUUCCAUUAUGCUGUUGAAUGUUUUGAAGGUAUGAAGGCCUAUCGUGGAGUAGAUGAUAAGAUUAGACUGUUCCGUCCGAUGGAGAAUAUGAAGAGACUCAAUAAUUCUGCUAGAGCUGCCAGCCUACCGGAGUUUGAUGGUGAGGAGUUUGUCAAGUGUCUAAAGGAAUUGGUUAGAAUUGAUCAGAAAUGGAUACCGGCACAUUCCACCAAAUGUUCGCUGUACAUUAGACCAACUUUCAUUGCAACUGAACCUAUUAUUGGUGUUCAGAAGUGUCGCAAUGCUCUGCUGUAUUGUAUUAAUUGUCCAGUAGGUCCGUACUUCCCCAAGGGGACGUUCAAUCCUGUUAAGUUAUAUGCUGAUCCAGCUUUUGUAAGAGCAUGGCAUGGAGGAGUGGGCGAAUCUAAAAUGGGAGGUAAUUAUGGUCCUACAAUAAGAGUCCAGACAUUAGCAGAGUCAGAGAAGAACUGUGACCAGGUACUGUGGCUCUAUGGGGAAGACAGACAGUUGACAGAGGUUGGUACUAUGAAUAUAUUUAUGCAUUGGAUCAAUGAAGAUGGAGAUCCUGAGAUAGCCACACCUCCUUUGAAUGGUAUCAUAUUACCUGGAGUGACAAGGGAUUCUUUACUUGCACUGGGAAAGACAUGGGGUACACAUAAAAUAUCAGAGAGGAAGAUUACAAUGGAUGACAUAAAGAUUGCUCUAGCAGAAGGAAGAAUUAAAGAGAUGUUUGGUGCAGGUACUGCUUGUGUGGUUUGUCCUAUUAGUGAUAUAUUAUACCUCAAUGAAUCAUUGCAUAUACCAACUAUGGAAAAUGGUCCUGAAGUAGCUAAAAGAUUUUACAAAGAACUAACAGACAUUCAAUAUGGAGUUGUAGAGCAUGACUGGACUGUUGUAGUUGACUGAUUCAGGCCAUACACUAUUUAUAUUUGGAGAACAUUAUAUAUUAUAUUAUUGUGAUGUAUUUACAAGCUCCAGCGUUUUAUUUAUUAUUAAUUAUUAUUACUGUCAUUUUCCUUUUUGAUUUUCAUCAUUUUUGUAGUCAAAACCAUUGUUUUAAAAAUUAAAAUAUACAGCAAAUCAGCAAUUAAUGCUGCCAGCAGCAUUAAUUAUAAUAUAUAUAUGUAUAAAAAUAGCAUAUCAAGUAGCCGACAAAUAAUAGCAGUUAAUUAAUUGCACAGGCAAAAUAAUCAAUAGUUCAGCAUUUUAAAUAACAGCAAAAA